AUGAAAACUCUGAGUAUUAUCAACGACAGUCUCACAUGCCUUGUGGAUGACAUCGGCGUAUUCGAGAGCUACGCGCGUUCCUUGAUAGGUCAAAAGGCUGAUAUUCCGCGCGGAGAGGUUCGUGGUGGACAGUUUGGGCGAACAUGCAGCGAGCGCAUAAUGGAGCUCAUGAAAGUCGACGUCAUAGCUGUAUACCAGGAUGUCGACGAGAAGGCGGACAAGGAGAUCGACUGCGGCAAGCUUGUCUUGAGGAAGUUCCAAGUUUGUAUCGUGGCCUGA